AUGACGACUGAAGUAGAAUCAGACGCCGUCGUAGAUGGCAAGCCGAAAAAGCCAGCAACUCACGCUGAACGCGGCGCAGCUGAUCUUGAAAAAGUAACGGACUUUGUUGAGGAGACGGAGUUUUCGGCCGGCUUUGGUGAUGCGGUGAAAGCCGUAACCAACGAUGUCGAUAAGAAGUCCACACCGGUUCUUCCGAAAAUUAAGCUGAGGAACGAGGACGUUGAACUUCUUGUACGUUUGCAUACCAGUGUUUGCUUUCGGAUGCGUGACAUGCCACGGUAUCAUGGCAUGUUACACCAUUUCCCCCCAAGUUUUAUGAUAGAGGAAACAAAUUCAGUAGCAGUCUGCUAAACUUCCUAUAUAAGGUUUUGGAAAUCCAUGAAACUGAUGUCUUUGUUGUUACUCGGUGCUAUUCUGGCCUAAAUUUUUUUGAAGUCGUAUUCGCAUUUAACUAGGAUCAAUGUAUAUCUGAACACUGCAUAGUCAGGUCCCGGUGUGUCCCAUGCGAAGAUGCCCAUCUAAUGUAUACAGUCAAUCAGUUUUUUUUCCCUUAGUAAUUGCCUAAAGUGGAUGCCGCCUCAUCGGCCAAUGGUAGCUAGCCUCCUCACGCUUGCAGUCUUAACUGCAAACAAACCACUUUGUCGUCUAGGACGCAUUUGCUUUCACCGUGGACUUCUCAGUGUCCUAAGUAGUUGUGACGGUAGUUGAGCCGAUUUCAUUGUAAAGCGGCCCGCUUACUCCACCGGGUUCGCAAGGGAAAUUCACACGGAAGUUAGUGAAAUGUAUCCGAUUUUGGCUGUGUCGGCCUGUACAGCAAGUUUCGACCAGUGGUAAAUACGUGUCUGUACUCGGACAUUACAAUGAUGAUCUCCCUGCUGAAGGGAGAGAGUGAAGGGGGAACAUGUCAGACUCGUUUUUCCCUAGCGAGUCACUUCUUACCCUCGUUUAACUGCCGCAAACCCUACAUCUUCGGCAUGGAGCUUCCGCCUUCGGUCUAGAUAGAAAGUUUUAUUCGCAGACUAUGUUUUAGGAAGGGCAUAAUAAACAGUGCCCAACGACAUGUGGACGGCGUUGGCGCCCGUCAACUGACGUUGUGAAGCAAAAGAGAACAGCGGUAUCUUGUAGCAAUAGAGUUAUAUUAAGUUAUUUAUUCAGUGUUGUUUGAUGGGUAUGUACGCAGCAUAUAAAGACUACGGAGAAUCAUUAUCUCACGCUCUCGGCCAGCAUAGAAGAAAUAAGACAAAUUAUGACCCUGAUCGCAAAGAACGAGCAGGUUUAUCGUAUCCCAUAGGAGUGUGGAGUGCAGUACAUUAUCGGACAUAAAAAAUCUGGAGGUUUGAUGGGCUGGAAAACUGCCUGGAAGCCGCCAAAUCUCGAAAAACGAGAAAGUCAGAUAGACCUGACAAUAUUUGAUAAACUGACCACCUAAUUGACCCGACAAACUCGAAUUAUGUCAAAUAAGAGAAACAAACUGCAGAAAUUGUUUAUUUUACACGAAUUAUUCAUGAGUAAGACAGAUUUAAGUUACGGCUAUGAAAAGCUUCAACACUACCCGGACGGAGGACAUUUGGGAACACCGCUAAUCCAUAAUAAUAUUUUGCUCAUUUUAAAUGCCUUCAGUCCUUUGAAUCCAGCCAUUUCCGUUCUAACGCUAAGUGGACCGCGUACUCUCCUCGCAUACUUUCCACCGAUCCGUACAAAUACGCAGCAGAUUUUUGCCCUUUGGAAAUCUCCGCACAUUUUGCUGUUAUUUCUUACUGAACGAUUUGACCAAGAUAAAUGCUGCAUCGCCGUUCACUGCACAAGCAUAAAUGCCACUUGCUCAGUGCCUUUUCUGAUACGGGUAGAGCGGAACUAGGUAAUUUGUAAUAAAGUCCCUGCGCAGUCAGCUUUCUGAACUUCAUUCUGUCGCCUCCAUCUCUGAAAACAGCAUAACCUUUCUCGCCUCGGGCCCUCUUGGGGAUUAUAUAACAUGGGGCCCGAAAAAUCCGAACCCCUAAAGACUAGGCCAUGCCAAACCUCCAGCCAAGACUUUCAUUCGAUAUGAAGAACCCAGCUUCCUUGACCGUUCCCUGGCUUGUUGGCUGACCAAUUAUCCGACAGCUGAGGACAUAGACAGGCGUUAUUAAGACCAACUUUGCCAUACAUGGUUUCCACGAAUGGGCUUCGAACUGGCUCACUCCUCUCGCACGACCCUUAGAGGAGGGAUUGUUACCGUGCGUGACAAGAAACUCGUGCAAGUUAGUUAACUCUGCACAUAUUUGCAUGGCAAAACCGUAGCUACCACUGAAUGCAAAUAGACAUCAUUUCGAAGUUUUCUGAUCGCUGUCUUCAGAUAGCGGGCGAUUUGUCGUCGGUUCUCAGGCACCUCAAGUUUUACAAUUAAUCGCGCAUUGCUACACGGAAAAUAGUUUACCUGGUUCGCGGCUUUGUUUUUACGGUCCUUGUUGUACAUUGGCUCGCUGGUUCCCCCUCCUUGGAGGUCCAGACCAUCCACGACUGCAAGAUUAACCGGAUAUUUCAAGCGACUGCUCGAGCUGCAGCUCCAGUCAUCGACCGUAAAAAUGGAUUUGGUUUUUACGACUCCAACCUUGACUGAGACAGAUUACUCAAGAUACCCCCCAUCGAAAAUACACUUUAGACCGCUUCAUUGAAAAUAUGCACUGAACUCCCGCCAGUAUAUAUGUGGGCGAUGGGGUCAUUUGGGAAUUUGGAGUUUACACGACUGUUUCUAGGCCUAACACCGAAUUCUUGACCUUACUGCUUUAGUGGCUCGGCUGAGUUCCAAUGCGCCAGAAGACCUGAUGGUCUGCACCGUGCCACUGUAGUACCUUUCAACUCGGACGACACAAAAAUCUACUAGAAAACACUGGGAUUUCUUUCAGAUUUUCGCUCCAGCCACCCCAUCGCAAUGCGCUUCUCCUAGGAUUUUAUACGAGAGUCACGACUUCUAUAUGGUUAGAACACGGCUUUCACACAUAUUCUCGAUACAUCUGUACGCCAAAGCCAUGUUUCAGGCAGAUUCUUAAAUUGCCAUCCCUCGACUGAACCUCAUUUCUUGUUUUAGGUCAGAGAAUUCGAGGUUAGCAAGCUAGUCGCUGAGAAGAAGCUCAAAGAGUUCCAAGGCAAUGUUCGUCUCGCUCUUAUCGCCAUGUCCAGAUAG